AUGGAUUUGGACGAUGAUGAUUCUCAGGAGGUUGCAGAGGUCGAGAAUGACAUUGAGAAUGGGGAUGAGGCAAUGUGGGAUCAAAGAGUAGAAGGUGAUGGCAGAGACGGUGAUGGGGGAGUUGAGGAGCAGGACGAUGAAGAAGGCUUUGGAAUGGAUGAGGGGGAAGGAGAUGGACCAGAUGAGUACCAUUUUCAGUUCGAAGGUGGGAUGGAUCCCCUGGAUGUUGUGGAGGCCGAUGCCAUCGAGGUGGAACCCUACCGCCUGUUUGAGCGGCUCGAAUAUGAGGCACUUGCUGAGAAGAAGCGCAAGUCUCUGCUCCAGAAAUGCAGGUGAGAAUAAAACUUUGUCCUAUCCGUUUUGCUUCAUCCCGCUCUGUAAGUUAUUUUAUUUUAUCUUAAAAGGAUGUGGUCAGAGGUACUAUGAUAUUUUAUGGGCUGCAAUUAUUAGUAUCUCCUUUAACUGACAUUUAUGCUUGCCCGUUUUAAAAAUAUAUUUCUUAUGUUCCCUAGUUCAUAUCUCUUUGCAAUUCCUACCUUAGGUUCAUCUAUAUAUGUUAGCCUCAAGAUGCAGUUGUAGAAGUAAAUGUCAUCCCCACAGUGUGCCGCAUGUGUAGAGUUUGGUAGUGACAGAAUUGGUGUUGAAUUGGCAGUUCGUAUAUGUCAUCUCCUCAGUGCUCAAAUAAGAUAGGUCAGCUUUUGAUUUGUGCUCAACUGAGCCGCAUGAUAUAAUUCAUGAAUAAUCUAUUUACGGUUUCUCUUGAAUUGUGUACAAUUGGUAUCCUGCUUGCUGGCAGUUUGGUUAAUAGAUUUGCUUCAAUAUUUGCUAUUAUUUUUGAAAUUUUCAAAUCUGUAUCCUCCCAUUUUCAACAGAGAAAGGAACCAAAAAACAAGGGCCCCACUUUAAACGCAUUUGCUCUUUGGUAUGUUUAUCAACAGUAUGACAAUAUUGUUGUGUGUGCAAACUUUCUCCUGUAGUGAUUCUAUGAAGAGGCCUAGACAAGAGGACGCCUUUGGUGCAAACUUUGAUGAUAUCUUGGAAACGAUGAACCACAGUUUUAGAAAGAAAUCCAGACAGGUAUUACAAUCUACUUGGGAAUUUAUUAUUUUCUGGUUAGUUUCAAAAAAUAUUGAUUUUUCAAAACAUUUCCUUUCAUUUCAAACUUUGAAUUUUUGUUCGCCGUUACUUGAAUUAAGGGAUACAGUGAUUUUUCCUGAGUCCUUAUUUCCAGUAUCAUGCCUUCAUUUGCCAUAGACAUUAUUAUGUUCUGUCACACCAGGCAAUUCAAUUGACUUAUAACCAUUGUUCAGAGGCUCCUUGCUUUAUCAAAUCCUGUUCAGAUAAUAGGUGACUCCAUAUUUUCGUUUUUAAUUGCUGAGUAUUUAAUAAUUUCAUUUUAAAAAAAUUUAGAUCGUAUCCAGUUCUAUAGAUAGUGGAAGGACAUGAACACUAAGUAGGUUUGAAUAGGGUCUAGACCAUAUGCCGUGGCAUUUUCUAUAAUGUACUUAAUUGGUGUUCAAAUCUUAUGCUAAUCGAUAUUGGGCUCUUAUUUGAUUUCAAUUUUGUAAAUUUAAUUGUCAGACUCACUUCCAAAGGGGAAGAAAAUUGACAUUAUGACAUUAUCAUUAUCAUUAUGAGCAGGGCAGUCAUAUCAUUAUCGUUGUGUACUGUUAAAAUAGUACUCAAGAUCCCUUGGUGGUUUUUGCGCUUGAUUAAAAUUAUGGAUGAGUAGGAAGUAACGGUGCUCAUCACCUGCAUCUCUUGUGGUAUAUAUCCUGUCAGAUUGCAAGAUGUGUUUCUUCUAGGUUCAUUGAGUUUGUUGACCGUGUGUGCUUUAAAGUAUUUGCAUUAAAUGCUUACCAUUCAGUUCCCUGUGGACACGUUAGAUAUUUUAUAUUAAAAUGAUUAACUAUUCUAUAUUGAGCAGCAUAAGAAGAGAGGGAGGAGAAAGGGCUCAAAAAAGAGGUUGAGCCCUGAAGUCACAAGGAAGCUUGGUGAUGCGACACUUUAUUAUGCAUCUGGAUGCUAUGAUAAGGUAGUUGAAAGGUUUCUUUUGAUCCUCCUGUUCGCUUUAUCUUUCAAUUUUUAUGAUUAUUUUAAAUUAAACGCAAAUUAACUUUGUCUGUGUACAAUUUGAGAUCUGAGGGAAUCCUCCCUAACAUUGAGAUCUCCUUAUGUUGGGGAGGAACCGUAUUAGGUACCCACCAUCAAUUUUGUUAAGUUUGAAAACUAGAACAAUUAUACGUACUGUUACUCUCGUUGCUUAUGUUGUAAGUCGUUCAUCUUUUGAUAUGGGCGAUUGGUUCUUUGAUAGAAUAGUCCCACAUUGAUUGGGAGAAGGAAAAUCUGUGUUGAAAAUAUAAGGGCUGACAUUGCUUUUUAAUUGAAAGGUCUGAAACGUUCUCAUGGUAUCAGUUCUUGGUAAUGGGAUUUGAUUGCAGUGACUUAUUUCCAUUUUAAUAGAUAAAGAUUUUAAACUAAUGAACCUGCGAUAGUAUAAUUCCAUGUUUAGUAAUAGACAUUAAAGUAUCCAGUUAUCAUAUACAAGUCCGAUUUAUUUUUCACAUAAAAUACUGUUUAGAUGCUUUAUGUUGCAAAGUUGCUUUUUAUGUGAUAUAAAGUUUCUAAUGCUUUUUAUCUCCAGAUAAGAGCUUGUGCAGUCACUCUUUUCUUGCUUUGAUAGAGGUCACUAUUUUGUGGGGUUUAGAUUUGAUGUUUGGUUUCUUGAUCAUACCCGUGUCUGUGGGCUUGCUUUCUAUCUUAAACAAAAGCUACACUACUGUCAGAUAUCAUGUGAAGUACUUUUAUUAUAUGGUGUAGCAUAUCCAAAGUCUUUCAGCUGUUGUUUCUUUUCGAUUUUGUAGAAACUGAAGCAUGUUUACCAUUUAAAGGAGUUUCCUCUUUUUCCUGCAGGCGAUUCAUUUAUUAAAAGAUGUUCUACAGAUUGCACCAAAUCUUUCUGACGUCUACCAUACACUUGGGCUCAUCUACAGUGCUAUGGGGGAUCGGAAAAAAGCUUUAACUUAUUACAUGUUCGCAGCUCACAUGGCUCCAAAGGAUCCAUCUCUGUGGAAGUUGCUUGUUGCAUGGUCCAUGUGAGAUGUCCUUCAUUGAUUGUCAUAACCCAAGCAUGAAAGAUCUGUCAUUGGUUGAUAAAAUCCGUGUUUCUUUCCUGUAGAAUAUUUUAAAUAACACUAUCCCUUCAUUCCAUUCCUUCAAAUGACCAUAAUCCUUCUUGUUUAUUUCACCACUUGACUUUUAAUGCUCACUUUUUUUUUUUGUGUUCUAAUGGUGUUGUCUGCUUGUGUAUAAAUGUGCUUGAAUAUGUUACUUUGAUUUUAUCUUUCUAAUGUUCCACUCUUUCAUUUGCUUUUUCCUGUAGAAUAAGGCUUCUUUCAAAACAUAUUGUAGAAUAUUUUCUGAUAAAUCCAGGAAUUUCUUCUGUAAAGUGGUACACAACACAAAGGGACACUUUUCUUCAGCCUAAAAUAUUGUUCUCCUCACUCUCCAACCCCUUUGGUAGCUUCUCUCCUUUCAUGACUUUAUUCUCUACACAUUAUUUCAUCUGUUAUUUCCUCAUCAGACUCUUGUUUUCUCCAAAUUCAUCCACUCCGAAUCAACUCUUAAAGCCAACUGUAUUAACAUUGAAUAGCAAAUCAACCAAUAAUUAUAAUGGAUAACGAAGUUCUCAACGAAUUAGUACAACUAAAUUUUCAGGAUGAAUAAAGACAAUUUCCUGCUGGCAGAUGGGACAGCAUAAUAGGGUCAUUAGUGCCAUUGCUUGUUGCAUAAUCAGUAGUCCCCCUAAGAGCUAUAGGAAACAUAUUUGUUCAUUAUUUCAAAUUUUUUCUUUGAAAUAUUUCCACCAUUGUGCUCUUAUUCAAUUGUUGAUUCCAUUGGUUCAUACUUUUUCUGUUAAAUCCUACAGACUGUAUUUUAGGUGCCAUGAACUUGAAAGUGCGUGGUUAAUUAUUAGAUGAAAAGAGUUGGGGAUAUUAGAUAUUCUUUACAUUUGGUCUAUUGAAAAACAUCAUUGAUUUGCCGAUCAUCAAAGGUAAUAAGAUCUAAGCCAACAAAAAUUCAUAGUUGCUCGUAAUGAAAUCCAAAUGACAGAAUUCCCAUUUCAUUUAUAUUGCUUUUCUGGAAUUAAAAUUUUAUUAAUUUUUUUCUUUCAUUUGACUCAGAGAGCAAGGGAACACUGGACAAGCUAGGCAUUGUCUUAGAAAAGCAAUAAAAGCAGAUCCUCAAGAUAUAGGACUUAAAUUUGACUAUGCAUCACUAUAUAUUGAAGUUGGCGAGUAUCAGGAGGCUUGGAAAUCUCUUGAAGAAAUAGUGAAACAUUACCCUGAUGAUUUUGAGGCUCAGAUAAAGGUUUCUAAGGUAUGCUUUCUAUGUCUCUUCUUGGUUAUUUGAAUUGAUAUCUAGAAAACACUUUUCCUCUUUAACUUUUUUCUCCCUUUUCAUAACAUCUGAUUCUUUUCCUCUUUUUGUUGACAUUAACAUCGCUACACUUGACUAGCCUUCAGAAAAAUCAGCAUCACAUGAAAUGUCCAUAGGAUAUUAUUAAUUUGUCAUGGAGGCCUCAGAUGUUGUGAAUAUUUCAGUGUCUGCCUUAUAUUCUGCCUUUACCAAACUGUCUAAACUGGUAUUGUUAUAUGUAUCUGGUAACUGUCCCACUAGGGAAUUAUCAAUCUUUCUGUGCUAUUUUCUAGAGCUGACAUAUGAACCACUAUGGUAAAUUCUUCACUGACUCUUCUCAGAACUUUACUUCUGAUUGGUGACAGAUUAUCCCCAAGCUGUUGGAUAAUUGGAAAAUAAAACUUGCUGAAGAAUUCCAUUUUGUGUAGAGUGAAUUUUGAGGGUAACCACGUUCUACAUUUACAUGUUCUUAAUUUCUUGUCAUUCACAAAUAUAAUUCGAUCAACCUAAAAAAAACUAAACGCUGAUGUUGCUGUUGUAAUGUUGUCUCUACUGGACAUGAAAACUUAUCCUUUGACGUCAGUGGAUAGAAAGGCUUCCUAAAACUACAUUAGAUCUUACACCAUCAUAAUCACAUUGUAGAACAAACAAGAAGAAGACCAUUUUUAGUUGUAUUAGCAUAGAGGAAGGUUCAUGGAAUUAUUUGCCAAGUUGUGGUCGGAAUCUCCCAAGGGGAUAAAAGGAAACAGAAUAAGGAAGACUAAAUAAAGCAAAAAACUUUAGUUGAGAUACCCUACAAUCAAUUGAAGGCAUUGAUAGUUAUGUUGUGCCUUGCUUUAAAUUAAUUUCCAGACUCUCUAUGGUUAAGGUUUUUAUGUGAGGAAGGAUGAAGCAAAUUAUCAUCAUGAUUUCAGGGGUGAUUUUUUUUGCAUUAAUUUUCCCUGUUAAAUUUGAAAUCCAAAAUCUGAAUUCCGCCUCCAUAUUUCCUUGAUUUGAAAGAUCUCCUCUUAGUCAUACUUGGAAAUAUCCUUGAAAGGUCUCGUUUGAAUUAAUACGGAUUUUUAUUUAAGAGGAAGCAAAGCCGGAGACUAUCCUUAUCCACUAAAUGAGUAUAUCAUUGAAACUACGUUUCUCUUUCAAUCUGAAGACCACUCUGAUAGGUUUUCUUUUCCUCUAUCUGACAUAACAAUUUGUUGAUAGUUUUUCUACUAUCUUUAAUAUCGAAUCUGAACAGCUUUUAUUAACCUGAAUUCUUUUGGUUUUUGUCACCCAGAUUUACCAUGAGUGUGGCCAAGUCAGCAGGGCUACAGAAGUUUUAGAAGCCUGCAUUAACAAGCAUUCUUCUGAAGCCGAUCUCAAUGCAUUUUCUCUACUUAUCAUCUUACUCAUGAAAAACAAUUCUCAUGGAAAAGCUCUUCAGUAUAUUGAGCAGGCGAAAUCAAUAUUUUACCCUGAGAAGGAGUUGCCAUUGCAUCUUACUGUAAAGACUGGAAUUUGCCUACUAUAUCUUGGAGAUAUUGAAAAUGCCAAGGUAUACUGCUGCCACUUGAAUUUAGAAUAUUUAUCAUGAAUGAUAUUUAUAUGGAGAAAUUCUAUUCUCCUUAAAAUUUUGUUUGUUGAUUCUUGUGCUGAGUUGUUUGUUACUUUUUACUUUAACAUUCUUCAACUAAUGUCAGAUGUAAGAUUGAGUAUGUUUAAAAUUUCUCCAGUAGGAUUCAACUGUGAAAUCUUGAGUUGCUAUCUUCUCUUAAAAAAUUGCAUUGGUGUGCUGAUGUUUUAUUUUGGUUGGUUUCUUAACUGUUUCAGGUUCAUUUUCAAUGUCUAUUAAAGGGUACCACGGAAUAUGCUAGCAAUCUAAUUUCAGAAGUUGCCCACUCAUUUUCAAAUGUUGGACUUCACGAUUCUGCUCUGGGUUACUAUUCCAUACUUGAAGAGAUUUCUUCAGAUGCGAAAGUAGGUAAACUGCAGUUUUUCAGCUUCUAGCUCAUCCUGGGAACGCUCAAUGCUUCUUGUCGAUGUUUAUCCUCUAGAGAUACCGUUUUGUUUUUCUGAUGUAAGAUGUUGGAUCAGAAAUCUUGAAUUUUCAGUUUAAGUAAUGCCUUGUGACUUGUGACACUAGUCGCUUUUAAAGGUUUGUGACAGAAGAUCUUUUCAUAAUCAAAUAUUAACCUGUAAGGAUAGGAAACUGGUUGUUAUAACUGUCACAAGCUCAUCUCGAUCUCCUCUUCAGUUCUGCAGUCGCUGGUGCAGUGAAAUGGAGAAGCAAAAAAGGAAGUACAGGCUAAAACCUAAUUUUUCAUUCUCAGUUCUCAAAUGAAGCGGGACUAGUUUUUAUGCCUCUCCUGAAAGUUACGUAGUGUUCCUCAAAAACUGCGUUUAAAAAAAUUGCAGCCAGAAAUGUAUACUAUUUUCUAUUUUUCACUUUUUAUUAAGCAUUUGUACAUAUCCAUUUUUUUAAACCUGUUUGGCUUUUCAUCACAAACCAACUUGUGUAUGCUAAACUGAUCCUGAUCGGUUCUCUGGCUAAUUGUGGAUUUCACUACUCAAGGACUAGGGAUGAGAGUUGGAACAUUGAAAUUGGGAGACAAUGAUAGAAAGAGAAACGUGAGGAACAUUAUACACUGUUAUUUUAAAUUAUUCAGUUAACGGAACAUUUGUGUCUGCUGGUCACUGAGGACUCGCCGAAUAUGAUACCCAACCAUGAAGCAGCAUUUUUCCUUGAUCCUCUUAAUUUUCUUAUUCUUUUUUUCAUGAUUUUAUCUCUUUAAUAUUUUAUUAUUUAGUCAUAUCCCUAAUUUUUUGUCCUCCAUGUAUUUGGCAUUCCAGGGUCCUCUACUACUUAAAAUUGGUCAUUGUUACUUGUCCUUGAACGAAAGGGAAAAAGCUAUCCCGUUUUUUCACAAAGGUAUUGAGUUUCCUGUCACUUCAAAUAGUGUACAUUUGUGGUUUUCAGUUGCUUCCGUCAACUGAGAUGUGGAUGGCAGAUGAUUCUGAUGUUGUGUCUCUGUUAAACUUUUGGUUUUGUUGUUUCUUUAUCAAGUUUGCUGUUUGGGUAAAAUUGAUGUGCUAUAAUGUGCUGGCGACUGUGGAGUGAUGACCAGGAUGGUGAUGUGACAGAACAUGUAAUAUUAUUUAAAUCUUGUCUUUAUCAGGCUGGUUCUGUGUUAUUCAUUUAUGUCUGGAUUCCUGCUUCUUAACUCAAUCCAUUAAUCUCUGGUCAAAAUAUGUAUGUAUUGGCUCCAGCUGAAGUUUGUGUACUGUAGAUGUUAGAGGGGUGUCAAUGAAGAUUUUGUCUUGAUGCUAAACCUGGCCUGGCCAGUUGGGUACACAGUGGGGACUGCGGGGUGUGCUGCUUGGAUUGGCUUGGGUUUCUGCCUUUGAAUGUUGUUUUUUAUGCCACCUGAGCAUCUACUGCUCUGGGGGGUUAAUACAGGCAUUGUCAUGGCAGUAACAUUCAUGUCCAAUGAUCAAAGCAUAGCAUUGGUACAAACCGUGGGAUUUGGUGAGGCAUGAAAAAUUUGGAAGUAGCAGAUCACAAAUUUACAAUAAUUGUUGGAACAGUAAACCAGUGAGCAUUCCUAUGACUGCUGAGAGGUAAUAAGUGGUUGUGCAGUUUUUCCCCAGCAAAGUUAGCCAUUAUGUUAACAACCAGUAGAGAAAAACUGAUACAAUUGCCUCCUCUCCUCUUGGAGGACAAAAAGGAAAUAACUAAUGUAUUCCAAGAAAAUGGAGAAAACAAUGAAAAGAUGGGAAUUAGUUCGAGAGAAUUCCCCACUCUCCCUCUCUCUCGUAUCACUUCAACCACAAUACCUCCUCUUAUUUACAUGGGAGGGUAUUUAUAUUAUUUGGCCUAUUCCUAUCUUCGUGUUCACUAUAGAAGUUUCUAGACUGUUCGCUUAUGGCGAACAUGUCUUUAGGGGUACUGUAUCAGUAUUCCCCCAUUCAAUUCCACCUUGUCCUCAAGGUGGAAGUCAGGAAAUCCAUGCAUGAUCUAUGAAGUUGCUUCCCAUGUUGCUUCAAGGUCUGGAAGGCCUGCACAUGUAUGAGAACAUUUGCUCCUAUUGUUGUAGGCCAAACCUCUUGGCAGGAUUCUAGUACAAGUUUCCAUUCAAGCUCUUGUGUUAAAUUUGAAGGAAUGGGUUAUACACGACGAUAAGGUCCUAUUGCCCUACGUAUCUAUGAAAUAUGAAACAUUGGGUGAAUAGAAGAAUGGACCUAAAGGUCCAAUCGAUAGGAUUAUUGGCCCAUAUAGUGGACCUUCCAGGGUCCAAAAUAUUGUGGUUCUAAUUUUUCAUUUGGCUUCUUAGCUGGGGAUUUCAUCUUGAAUGGUCAAAGACAAAGAUAGACAGAGUCCCCUCCCAUAAUUUGAACAUCUCGUCUCUUUCUAUAAGCCUUCUAAUUCACAAUGGUUUGGUUGCAUCUUAAUUGGUGUUUGAUGAGAGUGAGAAUUUGAUCUUUGUCCUUUAGUUGCUGAUCCACUGUAUGUUGAAUUUCCUUUAGUUCGUUCGUUUCUUGAAGAACAACAGAUCUUCUCGUGGAAGAAAAUAAGGGCUUCUAUUCACGACAUAUGAGGAAAAAGAAUUCAAGAAGUGUUUUUACAUCGAGACAGGGGUCUGUUAUUUAUAACAGAUCCAUGGGAGAAGGUUCUAGACAUAGAGCCUUACAUCCUGAGACAUGCAGGUGAUGUUCACGUGCUUCUUUAAGUGAAGCACGUGAUACACCUCACCCAACUGCUAAUGCAGUAUUUACAUUAUAUUUCAACACUGUAGAAAGAGGUGAGGGCAGAAUGUCAUAUUGAAUGAUGGUGACAGGAUCUCAUCCAUGAACCACAUUGAAUGGGGUUGUCUUGAGAGACGAAUGGAAGGCAGUGUUCUAGCAAUAUUCAGCCCAAUGCAACCAUUUACUCCAAGAAUUAGGUUUAUUGAAGGCAAAACAUCUUAAGUACGUUCCCAAGUACCUAUUUACGACCUCCAACUACCCAUUGGUUUGCAGUUGGCAUGAGGUACUCAUCUUCAAUUAACACCCUGCAAUUUAAAUAGUUUUUUCCAAAAAUUACUUAUAAAAUUUUUGUCACGAUCUAAAAUAAUUAAUCUUGGAAUCUCAUGAAGUCUUACAACUUGGAAAAGAUGUAUGCAACCUCAAGCGCUGAAAAUAGAUGUUUUAGUGGAAUAAAAUGAUUGUAUUUUCCAGUAUAGAAUUAAACCACUUAGAUCGAGGUAAUCCUUCCAAGAAAUUCAUAGUUAAGUCCUCCCAAAUGUGUGUAGGCAUCAGUAAUAGUUGAAGGAGACCUACAGGAGCAAGUAAAGAUGUCUUCUGUUUUUAACAUAUUGCACACUCAUCAAUGUACCUCUUAAUUGUCUUUUUCAUGCUUGACUAGUAGGCAUUAUGUGAGGCUCUUUGAUAAGUUCGAAGAAAUCCAAUAUGUCCACUUGGGCUAUCAUGGAACUCUCUUGAAAGAAUUAGAAUAAAAAUAGAUUGAAUUGAGAUUACUAGUCAUUAUUUAUGUAGUAAUAAUCCCUAUUGUAAUGAAUAGGAUGUGCCUGAGGAUCUUUAGAUAGAUUGGAAACAAUUGAGAAUAAUCUCGGGUCUUGAGAUACUUCAUAUUUGAUCUUAAUGAGAUCAAUCAGUUGAAAAUGUGAGACCAACAUUUCCUAUAGUUUUGUCAUAGUCAGGAAGCGAGAUAAAGCAUCUGUCAUCUUAUUAUAUUUCCGUUCUUUAAAUUCGAUUUCAAAAUCUAAACCCAUCAAUUUGACAACUACCUACGAUAAGGAUCCAACAUGAGUUUCUAUUCAAGUAAGAACUUCAAGGACUUUUGGUCUGUGCAGAUUAUAAACCUUUGGUGUAAUAGGUAAUGGUGCCACUUUUGAAAAGACUUUACUAUGGCAAACAAUUUUCAUUCAUAGGCUGAUUUAGCUUGUAGCUUUCUCGAUAAAGUUUGAUUGAAAUAAGUUAAAGGUCGGCCUUCUUACAUUAACGCAGCUCCAAUUCCAUAAUUUGAAGCAUCUAUUUCAAUGAUGAAUAUUUUAGAAAAAUCAGGUAAGGAUAACACCGGAGUUGUAGACAUUGCCUCCCGAAGGUGAUCAAAAGCACUUUGGCCAUCUUGAUUCCAACAGAAUGGUUCCUUCAUCAAUAAUUUAAUCGUGGGUGCUACAAUUAAAGAAUAUCUUAUCACAAAACGGUGAUAGUAACUAGUAAGUCCAAGGAACAAUCGUAAUUCAUGAACAUUCUUUGGAACUGACGAACUUCUCAUAACUAAAUUUUUUCAUUCAUCCACCAUUACCUCUUCAAUUAAAAUCUAGUGCCCCAGAUAUUUCAAUUUGUGUUGGCCGAUUUGACACUUAUUUGCGUUCACAUGUAGGUGGUCCUCACAAAAUGACAGUUUGUGCUACUCAUGUUGAUCUUGGUCUCUACUAUAGACUAAAAUGUCAUCAAAAAAUAUUAGAACAAAUUGACAGAUAUAAGGUUGAAAAAUCUGGUUCAUGAAUGACUGAAAAGUAACGGGAUUAUUCAUUAAACCAAAUAACAUUACCACAAAUUCGUAAUUAGCCUUCAUGGGGUUUAAAUGUCAUUUUUGGAAUGUCAUCAAUCUUCAUUUUGAUUCGAGAAUAGUAAAACUUUAAAUCUAAUUUUGAAAAUACGGUCAUCCCAUGUAACUCAUCCAAUAACUCAUCUACUACAAGUAUAGGGUAAUGAUUGGACACAAUUAUUUUGUUUCAGGCAUGAUAAUUCACACAAAACCGCCAUCCCUCAUCGUUCGUUUUUUACUAGAAUUGUUGGACUGGCAUAAGGGUUUUGUGAUGGUUGAAUUAUACCUAUGUUGCCAAGUUCUUGAAUGAUCUUUUCAAUUUCAUCCUUCUGAUAAUGUAUUUAUACAAUCUUAGAUUGAAAAGUUAGCUCUGGGUAGACAUGGAUCGAAUGGUCUGUCUCUCUUUUAGGAGGUAAUUCAAUUAGUCGAGAAAAUACUUAAAGAAAUUGACUCGAAAGUAUACCUUAUAAUUCUGCACUAAAGACUAUUUUAUUUGUUCUUGAGAAGGUGCUGGUACUUGAUGUAGUACUAGUGAUAAUGGUUGGUUCCUCCUAAUUAGUUUUUCCAUAGUAUUCAAGGAAAUAAUAGCUUUUGACAGACUUGCAUCUCUUUCAACGUUUUUACCUUCCCAUACGCCACGAAUUUCAUAAUUAAUAGCUACCAAUGGACAUGCAUCCAUCCGAUUGUUCUCAACCACUGCAUACGAAGCCUUUUGUAUGAGAUCUAUGCUACCCAACUGCAAAGGUAAGAAAUAUUUUGUAUUGUCAGCCCUUGUAAUUGUAGAGUAACAUUUUUGCAAUUUCCCCAGCCUUUGAUUAUAUGUCUAUUACCCAUAAUGAUUCCAUAACUGAUGGACUUAGUUAAGGGUAAUCCAAGUUCCUUCAUUAAACUCACACAUAUGAAAUUAUGUGUGGCCACACAUUCUACCAUAAUAGUAACAUCACAACCUUAAAGGAUCUCUUUUAGCUUCAUAGAUCCUGGUUGUGUAAGUCCAACCAUGGAAUUUAAUGAAACAUGGGCAGUAAAUAAUGUUCCUUCUUCAUUACAUGAUUCUUCCAGAUCUGCCCAAUCAGCCUUUAAUUCCUAUUGAGUCAGUUUAUCAUCAGAUUAAAUAAUUGAAAUUUGAAAAAGCUUCUUACAACAAUGACCAGACCCAUAUUUGUCAUCACAAUGGAAACAUAAACCCUUGAUCCUACAUUUAUGAACUUCAGCAUUUGUUAAUUGAAUUUGUUGUCUCUGCUUGCCCUACAAGGGGUUGGUGUCCACCCCUAUUUUCUUUGUUUCAUAUUAAGUUGUUGACUUGUGGGAAGAAUCAGGCUUUCUCUCAUCAUUUCGUACAAGUUUUUCUCUUGACAAGGGUAAUCCUAUUAUUCUUGGUGUGUAACUAGACAUAGGGCGUGCCUCUGUUCUAGUCUGUUUGGGUAAACUAAUAUGUCAUGCUUCACAUAGAGUGCAUAAGUGCUCUCGGCCCCCAAUGAGGUUUCCAUAAUUUCUAAUAAUCCUACUAGUUUCAUUCUAGACAAUUCGAACUAGAUUUCUUUCUUCAUAUCUUUCAAACAAGUCUGCUCCUUGAUUUCCUUUAAAAUAUUGAAAAGAAAGUUAGAAAAAUGUUCAAAUUCUUGUCUAUAAUCAGAUACUGAUCCUUCCUAUUUAAUAUCAAGAAACCGUUGAUACAUGUUUCUCGCUUUAGAAGUUCUAAAAUGCCUCUCAAUCUGGAUGCAAAAUUCCUACCAAUUCUUAAACAAAUAUUGAUCUUCCAUCCAGAUGUACCAUUCCAAUGCGAUAUCAUCCAAGUGUACGUUGAUUACCUCCAUUCAUUCUUUCUCUUUUAUUUUGUCGAUUCUAAACAUCGUUCUGUACAUUGAAGCCAUCUUUUAGGAUUGCCUCCUUUGAAGAUUUCAAGAUCUUCUUUCCUUAUAUGUCGAUUAGGUUCUGAAAUUUGAUUUAAAGUUGGCACAAAGGUUUGCACCUCUGCUCGUAGAUCGAUUUUCUCCUGUUGUUCAUUCUUUGGAGAAUUCUUAACCGAUCAAGAUGUCAUACUUGCAGUUGAAUCCUUCUUUUCUAAUGCUAACAGCUUCUCACUUAUGAAGUUCUUGAAUUCGUCAAACUUCUCAUUCAUACGUUGAAAGAACCUUUGUAGCAGAUCCGCUGAUUCAGAUUCGAUUUCAGCAACUCCCUCGUUCAUCAUUGUUCUUCCUUAAUUUGUUCUGCAUCUGUCUCCAAUGCCUCCAGACAGUUCUCUGUAAUUCUCAGUCCCAUGCUUCUAGGACGAGGCUCUAAUACCAAUUGAUAUGAUCUCCUCCUCUCCUCUUGGACCACAAAAGGGAAAAGACCGACGUAUUCUAAGAAAACAGAGAAAACAAUGAACAGACGGGAAUGAAUUCAAAAGAAUUCCCCACUCUCCCUCUCUUUCAUGUCACUUCAACCAUGAUAUUCACAGAGGAGGGUAUUAAUAUUGUUCAGCCCAUUACUAUCCCAGUGUUCACUAUAGAAACUUCUAGACUGUUUGCUUAUGGUAAACAUGUCUUUAGGGGUACCGUAUCAAAAACCUAGUCAUGAACUUCUUAGGAUUCCAUAGCACUGUUUGAAAUUGGACGAGGUCCACUUACAUAGAAUCAAGAAUCACUAGGAUCAGCUGAUUAUUUUCCCAUGCUCUCUGUUCUUUGAAAUUGUUUGACAAUUGGUUAAUUUUUGUUUCAGGCUGACCCUGUUCUUUCAACACUUGGUUUCUACAUCAUUUUCUAAUUGAUUUGACAAUGAAUCUCUUACCUAGAUUUGAGAUUAAAACAGAAUAUUUAGCUAGUAUUGAAUCUGUUUUCUUUUGGGUACAGCAUUAUCUUUAAUGGAAGAUGACAUUGAUGCCCGUGUUGUUCUGUCCUCCCUUCUCAUUGAAGAGGGAAAAACAGAUGAAGCAAUCAUCGUGCUGUCACCUUCUGGAAAUUCUGGUAAAAUAUGUUUUCUGAUCAAGUAGAGUGGAGUUUCAUGUAAUCCUUGUGAAAUUUCCAUACCUCUUGUAAUUCCUCAAUUUCUCCCUCUCAAAUAGAAGUUAUCACCACAGCAAGUUCAAACACAGUGGAACCUGGACAUUGGUCACUCAAUGGAAGGAUCAGAUUGCAGCUUGCUAAAAUUUAUCAUGGAAGAGGGAUGCUUCUGGAGUUUGCUGACGCAAUUCUCAAUUGCAUCCGCGAAACAUUAUUUAUUGAGGCAAUGAACGAAAAGGUAUACUAACAACCAGUGUCACAAAACAUGAUAGAUAAGCUUGCAUUUAGAUGAGAACCAGUUUUGACAAGAUUUCGUUUAACUUUGUGGCCUUUUUAUUGAUUACACCUUGUUACGGGAACAGGUUAAAAGCAAGAAACGUCUCUCAAUGAGUGCUUUGCUUGAACGGGCUAAGUUGCUGCAUGAGCAUGAAGAUGACAGUGUCUUCCGUGGAUUCAGACCAAUUGCUAAAACUGCUGAUUUGUGAGUUUCUUGCCAUUUAUGUUAUUCACUGGUUAUAUGGGCAAUGUCCCUGUUGUCUUGCAUUCAGUGGUUGGUAGGUAGUGGGAACAUUGUAAUGCAGAGUAGAAAGUGUCUUUUUAAAUCAAAAUGGAACCACUAAGCAGAAGACUCAAUCUAUAAAAGAUGGAGUCUGGAAAUAAUGGCUAUUCGUGCUUAAUUACCUUACUGUACUGGUGAUUGAUCUUGUCUCGAUGAAGAUACUAAUGAUUUUAAACCUGUUAACAUUGAAUUCCAACUCAGUUCACUAGGCUUUAAAGACAAUGGGGGAGAGGAACGGUUCCUUUCACUGCGAUAUUGUCUGCAAUGAAGUUCAUUAGAACACAAAGCUUUAAGGAGUUUUAAAUAGACUACCUGGAUUUAUCUUGUACGCCAGCAUAAAAGGGAGUGAAUGCUCUAGUUGUGCGGAUUGCAUUGAGAAUACUCAUAAGGAAUGCUGGUGACAUCUAAAUUCAUCAAAUUCCUAUCUGAAUCUCAUUUUUUGAUUGAUAUGCUUCCCAAAAAGAAUUAUAUCAAUCCCAUCUGUUCAUUAGUCAUUGCGUUCUAAUAUCCCUUCCAUAGUUAUUUCGUGCAUGGUAACUCAUACUUUUGUUCCUACGUUUUAUAAGAUUUCACUUGGAGUUUUCUUAAAUUUGAGAUUGCCUUUUUGCAGAAACAAGGCAUCCAGAGCCAGAAAGUUGCUCAGGGAAAAAGAAAAAAAAAAAGAGGCUGGAAAUCUUGAGUGGCAAAUCGAGGAGUCUGAAGAUGAAUCUCCUGUAAAGUGAACAAGUUUCAUAUAUAGGCGUCUAUUCCUGCUUUUUUCAUUUCCUCUACUAUAAUCUGAUGUAACAUCGCUUAUAUGAUCGGUGGACAACAUGGAUAGAAGAAUGCAUAUCGUGAACCUCCUCUGCUAAAUCUCCUGAAGGAUGAGGAACAUUAUCGCCUUAUUUUAGAUGUGAGUAUUAUUCUUCACAUUUCUUUCUAUUCCCGUGCACAUUGAUUCAGAAAUGUGGAGCAUUGCUCUGCGCAUAAGCUUAUAUGCAUUUAUGCUAUUGAUUUGUGAUGGCUCAUGUAAUAUUUAAACUAUGCUUUCAUCUCACUGAACUGUUAUAAUUACUAGGAGUCAGGGAACCGCCAACUAUUUAUUAAGAAACUAAUGUGCCCUAUGAAUAGAAAAUAUUCAUAACUUUCAGAGUUAGAUUUUUACUGUGUUGAUAUUCUGCGUACUUGUGUUACGGAGUUUUUAAGUUUGCAACUCCAGCAUACUUUUGUACUUUCACCAUAUUUUAUGGUAGUGAAUGUUUCCGCACUAAAAAUCUUUCCAAGUAGAUUUUGCAAUGGGAAAAAUCGUGGGUUGGGGAAAUGUUAAGAAUAUUUGUAUAGUUUGUGGCGCUAAACUCUGUGGGAGUCUGGUUCUCUGUGUGAGUGUGAUGUUCCCUUUCUGAUGAUAGAAAUUAUGCACUAUUAUGACCCAAUUACUUGGAACUCGUUCCUAUUUGUAGAGUUAAUCCUGCAUGUCUAUCUUGCAACAGAAAAUUAGUUCUCAGCGGCUAGGAAACAUGAGGCUAUAAAACUUACACUUUUCUGGUAUCGUUAUUUCUUGUGGAUGAUUUGCAUCUGGAAUCCAUUGGCUUUUCUGGGGGGUUUUUGAGUUAUUGGGAGGUGCUAUGGAUGAAAGAGUAAUAGUUGUUAUUCUAGGUACCCAAUAUUGAGUGCAAAAGGGAGAGUCUCGAAUUCCACGAAUCCAAAAGUAUGCUAUAUGCAAAAUAUUCUAUUAAAACGUCUUGAUAUCGAGUCUUUUUCUUUGUUUGGUCCCACACUGCCCACAUUAUCGUAAGUAAGGCUAUUAAAACGUCUUGAUAUCCAGUCUUCUUAAUGUCUUUAUAGUUAUUGGCUGACUUGUUAUCAAAUGCACUCCUUAUAGAGUCAGUCGGCACUCAUAAUGACUUGGGCGCACAUGACUCCUCAGAUGAAUUUAUGUUUAAUUCCUCGUUUAUAUAUAGACCUUUAAAAAGAUUAACCGAUACAACUAUGUUCAUUCUAGUGUGUAUCAGACAUUGGAAACACAAAAAGGUGUCAACACGUGGAUUCCCUAUUUUUUCACAUACUGGGAGGCAGUUUUGCCAAGAUUAUGAUUGUGGUAAAUCAAAACAGAUUUUUUACUCAUCCACUCACCUAGUGAUUGAGUUAAUAUUGUCUGAUGUAAACGAUUAAGUAAUAUGUUUGCUUUCACAUUGUGACUCGCAAUGUAUAUUUAUUUGCACUCUCCAUUGUUUUUAAUUAAUGUCUUUUUUGUGCCUAUUUUAUCGUUUAUUUCUUCCUUUAUCGUAGUUGGUGGGGAAGGGGAAAGGGCUUCAUAUUAUACUGAUUGAUCCUGAUUUCUGUCUUUUCUAGGAUAUUUUUUUUCUUGCUUUUGUGAAAUUUCAUUUGUGCUGAAAAUGCUCUCCAUAGCUAUGCAUAAAGCUCUUCUUUUUUUUUCUUUUUUUGCAGCUUUGCAAAGCUUUGGUCUCCUUGCACAGAUACUGGGACGCGCUAGAAAUUAUCAAGAUGCUGUUGUACAGUACAAUUUCUACUGAGAAAAAGGAAGAACUGCGGUCAAUUGGUGCUCGUAAGCACUGUCAUUGCCUGAUUUAUGGGUGGCUUUUUGUUGUUAACUCUUGUUUUUUUUCGUUUUGCUUGUGUUGAAACAUCUCAUUUUAAAAUGCUGCAGGAUCAUUAUGGAGGAACUUUUAUAAAAUUAAUUGUGUUGCUUGCCGUUCGGGAUACCACUUUUUCUUCUGACUGUUUAAUACAUUUUAUCUUCUUUUUUGUUUCAGAAAUAGCGCAUGCUACCACAGAUCCUAAGCAUGGCUAUGACUGUGUGCGUGAUUUUGUUCAACAGCAUCCUUAUAGUUCUGCAGCCUGGAAUUGCUACUACAAGGUGGCCUCAAGGUGCUUGAUUUUCUUAGUUGUCACCUUCCGCCUAAAUGGACUUUGAAACACAACUCAACAAGAUUUUAUUUUGAAUUAUUUUCUUGGCACCUAAAUGAAGUUUGAAACACUAAAAGCUCAAAAGUAUGAUGAUAAGCUAGAAAUGAAAUAGCACUGUACCAGUUUUUCCCCUAUGGUAUUGGUAAAACCUUAAUGUCUGAUCCAUGAAUUGAUGGAGAAGAUUGAAAAAGUUUAGCUGUUGGAUUCUCCUUAAUGUCUUCCUUUAUUGACUUGUAAUGGGUCCUUUAUAAACAUAUUUUGAAUCCGCCCCUCCGCCAUAUCUGCACCCACUAUACAAUAUCCAUUACCCUCUUGCUUGAUUGCCACAUUGACUCAUUUCUGUGACAGUUCUCGGGAUCAUUCUGACUUGUCCACUUUGAUCAUCUCCGUGCCAAAAUCUUUGUAUAAGUUUGUAUCCAGAUGGAAACCUUGGCUCAUGUCUAUUCUCGCGCAUUGGAUCCACCAUCUAUACGGAACACCAUAAUUAGAGGCUUCUUCCCCUGAGAUUCUUAUAAAAUUCUCAUCUGUUGUGUCUGACUUAAAUGAUCCCAGGGAUCGAUAGUAUCUGAACAGGGAACUCUGCCCAUCAAAGAAGAUGGACCUUAGUUAUAGCGUUUUGUCUAUUUAUCCUUCUUAAGAUGUCCGUGGUUUUCAAAAAUGAAUCCAACCGGAUUCUAUGUUACACGGAUGCGAAGGGAGAAGAAGAUGGCACUUCUGCACCUGAUGGUAGUAUCCAUCGUUUUGAUGUUACCCAUCUCAGCCACCCCUCUAAUUUGAGGGGUUUCCAACAUUUUUCUUCCCAGGAUGUCUCCCAUGCUAUUGUUCCCUAAUCAAUCAUCAGUUCACGCCAGAGGUGCCUUGGUUUCAAAAUCCUUGAGAAUUACUUCAGUCCCUCACAUACAUGUCUGGAUCUUGAAGGCGCCUUCCGCUAUUCUUCCGCUCGUUUUCUAGCAGCAAAAUUCAGAUUGCGAUCUAUCUUGUGAUUGCCCAUGCCUUAGACACAAUGAUGUGCUCCAUAGUGGGUGUCUCCUCUCAUAUAAGUUGUGGAUCUUGAAGGUGCCUUGCACUACUUUUCUUGCGCAUCCUCCAUGAAUGAAAAACUUGGUGUGUUCGUUACAUGCUUUAAUGAACAGAAGUAAUAUUGUUCUUGCCCAUUUCAAUGCAAUAUCAUUCUGCAUCUCGAAUAUUUGCAAUGUCUUAUUCAUAAUUCUGUGCUUUAUAAUAGAAGCCUAACCAGAAGAUAUUCCACAACAUUUUUAUUUUGGUCGGUGCCACAGAUUGAUCCCCUAAUGUUGACUUGACUUUAGGUUAGAGUACCCCUACGCAAAGCAUCUCAAGUUCCUGCACGAAAUGCGGGAGACUCGCAAAGACUGUCUGCCCCCCAUUCUCAUCACUGGCCACCAGUUUGCCAUGGUUAGAUACCAGUCAGCUGCGAGGGAGUAUCUCCAGGCCUACAGAUUGCAGCCCGACAAUGCUCUCAUCAACCUCUGCGUAGGUGUGAGGCUGCAGAAAGUUGACAUUAAUUGACCCUCUCUCUCUCUCUCUCUCUCUCUCUCUCUCUCUCUCUCUCUCUCUCUCUCUCUCUCUCUCUCUCUCUCUCUCUCUCUCUCUCUCUCUCUCUCUCUCUCUCUCUCUCUCUCUCUCUCUCUCUCGCUCGCUCGCUCUCCCUCUCUCUCUCUCUCUCUCUUCUUCUUCUUCUUCUUCUUUUUAUGCAUAUUCCAUCAAAACCCACUUGAACCUCCUCCUUUUUGCAGGUACCUCCUUGAUCAACAUAGCCCUCGGGUUUAGGCUGAAGAACAAGCACCUGUGUGUUCUUCAGGGAAUCGCGUUUCUCAACAAGUACCUCUCCAUCUGCCAGAACAGCCAGGUAUGCUUUCGUGUUCUAUAACCCAUGGGAUUACACAACCAAUCUAUAACCCAAUUCUCUUCCUCAUAAAUCUAGUUUGCAGACUAUGAAUCUCAACCCAGCCAUUGGUUCUUCAUCUAAAAUUCCAUUUCCUUUUGUUAUUUCGGCCAUCCCCAUCUAUUAAAUUCCCUGUUUCCCUGCUGCUGUGCAGGAAGCAUUAUACAACGUUGCCCGGGCAUACCACGUUGUCGGGCACUACACACUGGCGGCAUCGCAUUAUGAGAAGGUCCUGGCUAUGGAGGAGAGGGACCAUCCCAUUCCAAGACUCCCCAACGAAAGCCCAACCCUCCCGGAGACGGUGAAUCCAGGCUACUGCAACCUCCACAGCGAAGCAGCUUACAACCUGCACUUGAUCUAUAAGAAGAGCGGGGCAGUGGAUCUCGCCAGGCAGGUCCUCAAGAUGUACUGCCGCCCCUGA